UUCCUUUUCCUUUGGGUGCUCCGGGGCAACAAGCUACGGCUACAGCUACAACUACACCUCCGAAUACUGAUCGAAUACGUCGCCGUUUCCGUUCGAAGCUCUCUCCUUCUUUCUCGGUGUAACAACCCUAGAAUUAAGAAAACCUAAUUUCCGAUCCCUGCAACUGCAAGUAAUCAUGGUUCGUCGUUGAGCUCGAUAAUCGCCGCAGUUGAGGUCAACUUGGCCUUGGCCGUUACAUUCAAUCUAGAAGAACAUACAUAUAUAUACACAUAUAUAUAUGUAUAUAUAGAGAGAGAGAGAGAGAGAUUGAGGAUGUCUCUGAGAAUAAAAGCGGUGGUGGAUAAGUUCGUGCAGGAGCUGAAGGAAGCUCUGGACGCAGACAUUCAAGACAGAAUCAUGAAGGAGAGGGAGAUGCAGAGCUACAUCGAAGAACGCGAACGCGAAGUCGCCGAGCGCGAAGCUGCUUGGAAGGCCGAGCUCUCACGCCGCGAGGCAGAGAUUGCUCGUCAAGAAGCAAGACUAAAGAUGGAGAAAGAAAACCUUGAAAAAGAGAAAAGUGUCCUGAUGGGAACUGCAUCAAAUCAAGAUAAUCAAGAUGGCGCUCUUGAAAUCACUGUAAGCGGUGAAAAGUAUCGGUGUCUUAGGUUUUCAAAGGCAAAGAAAUGAGCCUUUAAAAAGUGGGUGUUACUUUUUUUUUUUCUUGACUUGGUUGCCCGCUUUUUAGUGCCUCAUUACUCUUUUGCUCCAAAACUGUACAUGUAGGCGUGGCAUUGCAACAAAAUUGAUAAUGCCACUGGAUGUAUCGUUUAAUUCCUUGGAGAGAUGAGGGCUUGUAAUUCAUGGAAAAAAACUGAGAAAGGAAAAAAAUGAAUAAAAAAAAAAAAGGUAGCUAUUGUUUCUA